ACUGGGACCAGGGGCAAAACCCUUCCAGGUCCAAGGGAGAAGAAAACUUGGUCUGGCAGCCAGGCCCCAAGGACUAAAGAGCAAGGGGCCCCCAAGCAGCAGGAGAGUGAACCAGCUCCCCCCAAGAAUGGAGAGGGAAGUGUGCUUGCCUCCACUCCACUCCAGAAGGGUGCACAAACCACCCAGACAGGCUGCUCCGGACAGCAACUCCCAGCCCCCUCCUUCCUGUCUGACAGUGACAGCGCCAAGUCCCUCCAAAGCCCGGACGGCAGAGUUGGUUGUACAGCGAAUGCAGCAGUUCAAGAGGGCAGACCCUGAGCGUUUGCAGCAUGCUUCAGAAAGGUGCUCCCUGGAGGCCACGCUUGAAGAAAACACCCCACGGGGCCCUCCAGAGGAGAUGACAGCAGGGCAUGGGCCGGGCUACAGGCUCCCCGUGCUGGAGAGCACCCUGCAGCAGGGCCUUGGGCCCCACGGAGUGGCCACAGCCACACCAGAGGGCAGCCUGGAGGAGGCGGGGCUGUUCUUCUGCCAGAUCUGCCACAAGAACCUCUCGGCCAUGAAUGUGACGCGAAGGGAGCAGCACGUGAACCGGUGCUUGGAUGAGGCUGAAAAGGCACUGAUACCCUCCAUACCUCGGAUCCCUGAAUGCCCAAUUUGUGGCAAACCCUUUCUCACCCCAAAGAGCAGAAUCAGCCACUUGAAACAGUGUGCAGUGAAGAUGGACGUUGGCCCCCAGCUCCUGCUCCAGGCCGUGCGGCUGCAGACAGCUCAGCCUGACGGGGCCUGUAGCACACAGGCAUCAAGCUUCAGCAAUCACGGAGGUUUGAAGCGGAAGGGAGCCACCAAUAGGAAGGAGCUGCAGAAGAAGCGGAAGGUCAGCGAGCCCGAGGUGCCAUCUGAAGACUUGCUGGUGGCCAUGGCUCUGUCCCGGUCCGAAAUGGAGCAGGAGGCCGUGCCCCCCGUGCUGAGACUGGAAAGCGCUUUCUCCGAGAGGAUAAGACUGGGGGCAGAAAAGAAGAGUCGCAAGAGGAAAGCACCUGCCUGCCCUCCCCUGUUGUUACUCCAAGACCCGGAGACCACAGGGAGGCAGACCGAGGACCGGGUGGCCCAGCUCUUUGCGGAGGAAAUGGAGCUGUCCAGCACACCGCCACUUCCUGCGAGCAGGAUCCUACAGGGGGAGCUGGAAAAGGCUGGCCAGAGUCUGCAGCCGCCCGGAGGGAAGAAGAACUUUCUGUGGGAGGGCAGUGCCCUGACUGGAGCCUGGGCUCUGGAAGCCUUCUACACCACAAGCCUGGUCCCUCCCCUGGUGCCCCAGCGGUCUGCCCCUGCCGAGGGUCUUGCCCAGGACUCCACGCUGCCACCGGUGCUGCUUGACCAGCCAGAGCUGGGUGUGCGAACACCACCUCGCCACAGUGCCCAGCCUGUGGGCUGUGGCCCCCGGAACCCAUCACCCUCUGCCAGCCAGAGAGAGCACCAGGCCCUGCAGGACCUUGUGGACCUGGCAGGAGAGGGGCUGAAUGCCACCCCGUGGCCCUGCAGUGGGGGCUUGGCCAGCUCAGGAGUGGCCACAGGGAUGGAUGUGUCGUCCACUGGCCUUCCACCGACUGGGUUUGUCCUGCCACCUGAGAAGCACCUGGAGGGGGGCGGCCAGGCUUCGCUCACCCUCGGUUUGCUGCUGGCGGACUUCAGGGCCAUGGUCAAUAACCCACACCUGAGCGAUAUCCAGCUUCAGACGGACAGCGGGGAGGUGCUCUAUGCACACAAGUUCGUGCUUUAUGCCCGGUGCCCCCUUCUCAUGCAGUAUGUGAACAGUGAAGGCUUCUUCGCUGUGGAGAAUGGCGAUCUGAGGAGUCAGCGUGUGUUGCUGAGUGACGUGAGCUCCGAGGCCAUCCAUGCGCUCCUGCACUACCUCUAUACCGCGGACCCCGGCGUGCCUCCCCAGCUGGUCCCCGACCUGAGCGCUCUGGCCCACAGGUUUGGUGUUAGUGAGCUUGUUCUUCUGUGCGAACAAGCACCUGACAUGACGGAUUCAGAGGACACACUGUGGAAGGAGAAGGAAGACAAGGAUUGUGAAAGCCGCGCGGAGAACUUCCAAGAACUCUUGAGGUCCAUGUGGACAGGUGAAGAGGAAGAAGCAGAGGCUUUGAUGAAACCUGAGGGUUGUGAAGAAGACAGAGAAAAAGUGAAUGAGGCAGAAAUGGAAGAAAUUUAUGAAUUUGCAGCCACUCAGCGAGAGCUGCUCCGGGGGGAAGGGGCUCCAGAGAUCAAGGAAAAAACUGACCCAUUCGGGGAGGAUGGUCCAGUGUCCGUGCAGAUCUUAGGAAGUGACCAGGUUAGUGGACAGCCAGAAAAUGCAGAACAGAUGGAAUCGUCUGGUCAGGGAAGAGAAGAGGCCCCAGCCAAAAGGAAGAGCGCAAGACAGUCCACGCCCCUGCUGCUCAAGGGCCAGGGCGCGGGAGAGAAAGCAGGCUCCCCGGAGGGAGCGCUAGGUCGUUCCGGCUCCCCUCGCCCUUCUGGAGGCUGCGGGCCAGGGAGAAAGGAAGGUGCUUUCUGGCGCUCAGCUGAUGCUCCUGAGGCCUGGCUGUUUUCAUCAACUCCCAGAAGAUGCCCUGGACCAUCCCAGAUAAUGAGCCAUCUCCAGGAAGACAAUGACACCAUCUCGGGAAAGGGGACGGAGAGCCCCUGUAUCCCCGCUCACCAGCAGGCGCCCCCAUGGCACCCGCCCCUGUCACAGCCCCCUCGGGGCCAGAAUCUCAGGGGUGAGUCAUCCUUGCCAGUGCCCCAGUCACAAGGCAGAGCUUCCAGGACGGCCUCCCAGGACUCACCAUUGAAGCAGAGGAGGGGCAGGAGCCUCCUCACGUUAUUUAAAGAUCCAGGUGUCCAGAAGGGCGAAGAACAUAGUUCCCUGUUGGAAUGCAGAAAUAAAGGGAUUCUGAUCUCCCCAGAAAAAUCUCCUUCCAUUGACCUAACCCAGUCAAAACAUAGCUGUUUGAGCUCCAGAUCUCAAAAUACUCCAUCCAGCAAGAACAAAGAUGAGAUUAUCCUUUUAUUGGAUUCAGAUGAAGAGCUGGAGCUAGAACAAACCAAAAUAAAGUCAGUUUUUAAUGGUCCCUUGGAAGAAAGGAAAGUUCUAGAAGUUAGCCCCAGGCCUUCUGAGCUGUUUUCUGUGAUUGACGUUGAUGCAGAUCAGGAACCUUUCCAAAGUCCAGCUAGAGGAGAGGCUUCACUGCAGUGCGGGGAUGGGAGGCUGUCAGGGAACCGGGGCUCUUUGGGGAGCAGAGGGACCCCUCAGCUGCCGUGUGACCCUGACAGCAGCCCUGAGGGGGACAGCACCACGGAUAUGUCAUGGUUCGUGCCUGCCACCCCACUGGCCAGCAGAAGGCGUGACUCUUCUUCACAGACCCAGAUAACAGGCCUCAGGUCCCGGGCUCCAGUGGAUCAGACGGCUGAGGUCAAGCGCUGGACCCCAUUAGAAAAUAGGGGUGUGCCCAAAGCUGCAAGCCAGUGUUCCGUCAUCACGCCCCCCGUGUCAUCCUCAGGCCUGGUCUCCAUCAGUGCAGGCAGCCCCGACAGCAGGAGCCCUGCCAGGCCCCACCCUGCGCACCCCCAGCGCUGCUCUCCGGCUCCCUGUCCCAUCUCCCAUCUGGCCGAUUUCACUGGGCAGCCCCACAGGUGCUCGCCGCCAGGGCCCAGCCCACCGAGUCAGGCCAUCACAAGUGAAGUCGUGGAGGUGGAGGACAGUGAAGACGAGCAGGAGGCGGCCUCCUGUCAGGCCAACAGCAGCCCCCUGCCGGACAGCGACCCUCCAAUUCCGGUGGACGAGUGUCAUUGGCAUGUGGAGCCCCUGUCACCCAUUCCCAUCGACCGCUUGAACCUUGAGCGGACAGGCCCCCUGAGCACCAGCAGUCCGGGCAGUAAGGCAGGGGAAGCUCCAGACAGCAGUGGCUGCAGCUCCCCGGCCCUCCUGGGCACCCCCCCUGCCCGAGGGAGCUGCACUAGCCAGAGAAAGUCCCGAGAGAGGUCCCCUUGGGCCAGCGUGCCGGCGAGCAGCAGGCCAAGCUUUUUGAACUCAGCUCUGUGGGACGAUUGGGAUGGAGAGGAACAGAAGUCUUCAGAGCUCCUUCCUCCUGCCCAGACACUGAGUGAUGCUGCUGCUGCUCAGAAAUCAGAAGCGUUGGAGAUGCCAAAAGGUGCUCAUCGGAAGAACUUGCCCCCGAAAGUGCCCAUCACCCCAAUGCCAAGAUACUCCAUCAUGGAGACCCCGGUACUGAAGAAAGAACUGGAUAGGUUUGGGGUCCGCCCUCUACCCAAACGCCAGAUGGUCCUAAAAUUGAAGGAGAUAUUCCAGUAUACUCACCAGACUCUGGAGUCAGACUCUGAGAAUGAGAGCCAGUCCUCACAAGUGCUCCCAGAGGCUCCGUGCAGCCAGACCCACGCCAGCAGGACCUCCAGGGCUGCUGGCCGUGCCCAGCUGGGGGCCACUUCUGGGCCUCUUCCCCAAAGGUCCAAGGGGUCCACUAAGACCAAGGGCCCCCGACAUCAAAAGCAGCAGCCUGGUGGAAGCAUCCCUCCGAUGAACCUGUCACAGGCGAAGGAGUCUCCAGAUCCUGAUGGUGAUACCCAGCUCCCUGCGUCCCAGGAAUCAGUGGCCUCCUCCGUGGACAGCAGUGACAGCUCCUUUAGCUCACAAAGUUCUUCCUGUGAGUUUGGAGCGGCCUUUGAGUCUGCAGAGGAUGAGGAAGGUGAAGAGGAGGAGAGUGCAUCCCAGACAGCCGUGCACGCAGCAGCCACGGAGGAGGCCGUGAGGCGCUACAUCCGCUCCAGGCCGACCCUCUACCGCAAGGUCCUGCUGUACCAGCCCUUCGAGCUGUCAGAGCUGCAGGCCGAGCUGAAGCAGCAGGGCAUCAGUGUGGCCACCGGGAAGCUGCUGGACUUCCUGGAUGCCCACUGCAUCACCUUCACCACCGCUGCGGCCCGGAAGGAGAAGCUCGAGAGGAAGAGGCGGCAGUCUGCAGCCAAGAAGAAGGGGGCAGAGCCAACAGGCCGGUCCGCCCCUCCCCACCCCUGGCCUUGAGCAGCCUGUGAGGGUCUGCAGCCCCCCGGCAGCAAGCCAGGCUGCUGUGGGUGUCUCUGAACCUGCGGACCACCUCCACCCGCGGUGAAAGGGGCCAUAGCACCAAGCUAGGGCAGCUGUCCCCAACUCCAUUUCCUGGAAUAGUGUUCGGAGCUUAGCACCUCCGUCAGCACCCACGUUUGUCUCCCUUUAACCCCCACCAAGCCCCUGGGUGCUUGAGAAGGGCUGUGGGCGGCCACCAGGUGGCCAGGUUGUCCUCGUCCUGAGAUGGCUGUCUGAGGCCAGCGGGGCCCUGCCCCGUCCUCCUUCCCACCACUCGGGCCAUAAUCUCAGCCUCCACCAGCACACCAGGUGUCCACCAGCCUCUCACUGCCUCAGGUGCUCUGCUGGCCCAGCCUUCCUGCCCAGACAUCUGUCAUUGUCACCAGCAGUCUCCAAACUGGGCAGAGCAGGAGGGCCCAGCACAGCUCUGAAGGGCCCAGAAUACGCAUGUUGUUUGUUAACCGGCUUUGCUGGUUUGUGGUAAGGCUGUCUCCAGCCUCGGGCGGCGUGGGGCGCGGGACGGCCAGGGAGGAGAAAAAGUUUGUGUCUCUACAUCCUUGUGAAUGUCCCGUCUGUUUUAAAUACAGUGCAGUCCAUUUUA